AGCUUUCCUCCGAGCCAGUCGGAUGCUAGAUGUGGCAGGAGUCGGUUCGUUAUAUUCGGUUCGACUCGGCCCUAAUCGGCUUUCGUCGGGUUACUCGUGCUUCUCACAUACACUCGCACAUUCGUUGCAUUCGCGACCGAUGCUCGAAUACUGUUCGUUGCCGCUGUGAAUGUUUUCGUGUAAUUUAGCACGAAAAACAUUUGAAUAAUCGGACACGCGACUAACGCGUUUCGAGCCGUGUGGAUACCAGCGAAAAAGAGCAAAAGAGUAAGUGACAGGUCGUUGCACUUGCUCCAUCCAAUCAGUGUCGUCGCUUCGUUGAAUUUCCGUGCGUGAUUUGUGUUUACUGGCCGCGCCUGAAUACCGUUACUUGUGACACUAGCAGACUGUGCGAAAUUUCGUGACUUCUGUCUCUCGCGUUUUUCAUCUCUGCGAUCGAUCUUCGCUUGUCGUACCCUGUCAACAUCAAACGCUGUAAUUUCCUUCGAGAUUUUCAAAGUAUAUCGUAGCGGAGACGCGUCCAAAGUAUCAAACAUAUUUGUAAUAAGCCGAGGAACGAUACAGAGUGAUCGUGACAAGAACGGUGCACGAGAGCACGUAGAGCGACCUGUUGUGUCGGGAUAGUCGACAGGAAGACACGUAGAAUUUAGUGCCUGUCGGGACUCGUUGAACGACGCUAACCAGAACGGUGAACAAGUUACGACGCGUCUGGGAAAGUUGAACAUCAAACUCUACACACUCUACAGUCUACAGAGUUCCUAAAGUCGUACAAUUUAAACGUCGAAUUCUUCGCGGCGUAACAGCCGAGAGGCAAGUAAAAGGGAGGACAGAUCGCAGAAAAAUUCCAGCGAUAAUGCGUACAGUGAGCGAAGCAAUGAAACAUCGCGCGAUCAGCUGACUAGCCGAACUCUUUGGCGGUCGUCAGAACUCGGCCGAUAACGAAAAUCGGCAGAAGACCGGCAAGAACCCUAAAAAUCGACAGCAACCUAGAUUACCUACUUGUGCGGUUAUGACGUUUGGAACGCCGUUUCACACCGAGAAGUCGCAGUUCGUUGGCGAUAACCCUGUUCGGCCCAGCACCAUGGCGGCUGAGGAGGGUGCGCUGAGUGGCGGACUUGGGGCGAAAUUAAAAUGUCCAACCCCUAUAUCACGCUUGAGGGUGGAGAAGAUCGAGGGUGGUCUCAUGGUAGCUGGGGUUGUAAUAGCUGCGAACUGCCAGAUUGCUCUUCCGGCAUUCGGCUUUCUCUUCAUGCUCGUCGGCGCUGUGCUCACUGCUGCGUCGUAUCGCGGUCCCGGCCAGGAUGAAGACAAGGACUCGUACGCGGCUAGAAUCGCGUUCACGGGCAAUUCGCGGAUUCUGGGACCGAUCUGCAUAGUCGUGGGCGCCCUUAUGCUCGCCCUCGGCGUGCUGCUUUGCACGCUGACUAGAAGGGCGCGAAGAAGAGAGCGCAGGGUUGGCUUCCAUUGCCCUCUCCACGGCGAUUUUUACCCUCUGAGUCCUGUUCAGGGUUCCAAGAUGCUUGGCUUGUCGGGCAACGAUGUUAGCGGUUGGUCGAAAAUCCCCUGCCUGAAGGGACGUUCCUCCAGCAAAGGUGGAAACGCAUCUUCCGGUGCACAUGGCGGUCCACCACAAUGUCCACAUUCUGUGUUAAGCAGCACUCGUAGUUCAGUCAGCAGUUCGCCAUUGAGCCCAUGCCCAACACCUAUGCCAUUUUUGGUCACCUCGGGCUCGGUUAGCGGAAUACAAGGCUGCCAACAUGAUUGUGUUAUAAAAGAUCCUUUAUUAACUGAUACGACCAAUAGCGGGAUGGUGCAAAGUGUUGGUGCCAAUUUAUCUCCGGACCAAACAUUCGGAUCGAUUCGAUCGCUGUCGGUGACGAGGGAAGUCGCCAGUUUUCCUCUAUCAAGAACGCCUACGCCGCCUCCGCAACGCAGGACGGCCACGCUGACGAGCGCAGAGGACCUAGCGAAUGUAGGAAGCCCGCUGAGGGAAGCUUCGCCGCGACCGGAAGUACGAGUGGUCGCUCCAUCGCAUCGACCGCCUCCUGCCCUCGCCACGGUCAACAACACGAACAACGCCAGUAACGGAUCUGCGAAUCGCAAAUCGGUCAGCAUACUGCUGCCCGAGCAGUCGAGUGGAUGACCCGAGCAGCAGCACGGCUUUGUGCAUCGUUGCGACAAGGAGCCGCCAUCGAUUUAGGAAUCCAGCAAAAGAAAAGCGGCCGCUACGGCAACGAAGAGAAAGGCGGAAGCAACGAUGACGAGGCUCGAUUGCGCGACGAACACCCGGCAUCCGAGAUUUGUCGGACGAUCGUGGUGCUCGAGUUUCGAAAGCGGCAAGCAUCGGUCACGGCCCAGCCAGAUCUGGCUGCCACGCCGUGACGAUGAUCGCGCGCAAUUACCACGGCCGUUCUUGGCAGUCAGAUCUCUGUCGCGAGCAAGGGGUUCGGCGAUAUCAGACUCCGCGGCUGUGUGAAUUAAAACGGAGUAGACGGCCGGACGAGCUAAGUUAAUUCGCAAACGUUCACGUUAUUGGCAAACGUUCGACCAUCGGCAUCGCCCCGCCAGCCCAAAUUGCUGGAUAAUUCACGCUGCCGGCGUGAUAGCCGAGACAACGACAAUUUGUCCAACCGUAGUCGCUUUCAAACUGCUACUAGUUCGUUCGUUUUAUGUCUCGUAGAUCGGCCCGUCUUCCUUCUUUUUCUUUUUUCUCCCUUUCGUUUCUUUCGGUUCGAGCCAGCACAGCGCUGCUAUUUCUGUCGCAUCGUGAAGACCACGAGGGGAAACAUGAUGAGUCGAUUCGAAGGACGCUUGUAAGUGGCAAAGAUUCGAGAGUCUUGACUUUUUAGUGGAAUACGUUGCCCGUACUAAUGAAAACACUACAGUGUGCAGUUUAAGAGCAAAUUGAUUCAUUGUUUCUUGGUGUAUGUCAGUUAUUCAAUCGAUGAAAUUGAGUUUGCUUUACAACUGAGAGGAGGAGCAGGUAAAAUUUCGAUGAAAUUAGUGCAUAAAGUUUCUUUUCCUCUUUGAAAAACUUGUUUCUUGCCACUCGCAGUGUUUUCUACAAGCGCUCUUCAAUCUUUCUUACUUUCCUGUUGCGUCGCUUGACCAUACGAAACAAUUGAAAAAGAGACAGCCUAUGAGAUUCGAAGACGCAAGUCUUUCGAAGAUAGAACACAAAUCUUAGAGAAUACUAGUUGAACUUGCUUGAUAUCAAUCUGCGUAACCGAGGUUAUUUUUUAAAUGCUCGGGAAGAUAAGAAAAAGUCGUAUUUCAUUCUAGAAUCAAAUAUGAAAUUGAUCGACAACGUAUUGAAUUAAAAAAUUUCUCUUCUAUAACAGACUUAUCAUGUUUCUCAUCUGUGGUCUUUACGCGAAGGAGAAGCGUAUCGAAUUGCGAAGAUUCUUAUCAAAAUCUGACCCACAAGAUGCGUCUACCUUCUUUGAAAAAGCGAGACGAUUAACAAUUUGUCGAGGCGCAAGGCGUGCUACGUCGUUGCCAACAUCUCUGUAGCUGGAACGCUUUGUAGCGUCGUGUCUCUUGGUGAGACGUAAUUUGUUAAACCUCGCGUGAUUGGACACCGUAUAAAUUUAAGAAACACGAUCAUGUCAUACGAGAUACUAACGCGGACCUCUUUGUCUCUUGUUCGCUUGGAAAAGUAAUUUUUUUCGAGUUACGUCGCUGGCUCUUCGAACGUGGAAGGUAGACGAAUAAAUGGGACAAACAAGAAAUUCCGACUACUCGACAGCGCGACACGCAAAAGUCAGAUUCCCUGUAUUUAGAGUAAUCUGCGUUCAUCGAUCGUCCAAGUUUAAUUCUUUCGCAGUGUAAGAACACAACGAAGAGUCCCAAAUUUCAAACCUAGACAGCUUUUUCAUUAGAUAAUUAACGUUAAGCAAAGCGCGUGUUCGGCUUCUGACCGAUGUUAACGCGUCCCGAGGAUUUUUCAUUGUUACGCUUUUACAGCGAAACUUUUUGGAACUCAAGAUUUUACCAAGAAAAAAUUGUACCUAAGAUUUGUAAAUUUAUUUACAAAGCGUACUGUAUCGACGCAAACGAUACGAAAAGCAAUUUUCACAUUUCUGUCUUCGAUAUCGUCAAAGUACACAGAGUUAAGAUACGAAACUGUAUCUCGUAUGCCGAAAACUGUAUCUGCCAGCUUGUCGACGUUUACAUUGUGAAAGGGUUAAGCUGGCCCUAUCGAUCGGAAGGAACUCGCGCGAUAUUUCGAAAGAUUCCUCUCUCGCAAGACUCUCGUUUCGAGCCAAGCGAGAGACCGAGUCGGCCAUUCUCUGCGCGAAAGUCUGCGGAAGCUUCGAAACGGCGGUCUUCAAGAACAGGAAUUGAGAUCGCGAAUGGAUAGGAUUUCGUUGAAAUCGAUCGCCUGUCGUUAGCCGAGACGAAAUGCAAAACAUCGACGCGUUGACCCUUCGGCUGCGUCUUCGCUGAAGCAACGACGAGGACCUGUCGAUCUAUGUUUGUGGAAGAUGUGGCGCUCGUUGUCCAAUGUCUCUGUCAGUAACGAAAGUUGCUGCUUGUUGCCCAUUUCCAAAGAUCAGAGGAAAAUAAGAAACGCGUAGCAAAACGUGUGGACAACGUGAUUCUACCAGUUGACGUUCGUUGGAACACGCAGCAACAACAGGCAACAACAGGAGGUUCCUCGUUGUGUUGCUUCGGCGGAGACGUGGCUUUUGGCUUUGGACUUAAGCGUACAACGCAUAAACCUUGCCUUCGUUCUGUUUGUAAUUUUUAACGAACAAUUCCACGAUGUUUGCGUAACGCUGUACGUAGAAUCGCUUCGGAUAUCCCUCGCUUUCCUCGUUGAAUUUCACGGCGAUGAUUCGGAUAAUCGGCUGAUCCGAUCAGUGCGAAACCUUUCAUUUGUAAUCGCUUGUGACGCUUCUUGAAGACGAUGGCGAAUAAGAAUUCAACCGUGUAGUUUAAGUUUCUAAAGCCAGUAUUAAUGGAUCGUUGGUAAAUUUCCGCGUCGCUACGAAGACGAAGAAUCGAGCGGUUUAAAUGUUCAUGCUCACUGACAAUCUACCGGACGAAUAUCUGAAUCAGCUUGUUUUCGUGUUCGAUUGCACGCCGAGACAAGAAUACGGGAAACUGGGAUAUGUUCGCAGAAAGAUCGCAAAAUUGUCGAGAAGCCAGAUACAAUGUCGAAACGAAUUACUCUUCUGUUCGAGUCGAACGAUUUUAACACUAGAAUUCCCAGAGAAGAAAAUGACCAAUUUACGAUCCUUUAGAAAUAAUUCUGUAUAUUGGCGAAGCAGUAGUUUUGGAAUUUCCAGUGAUUCUUUGUAAAAUGUGUGGACAAAGUGGCCUUUUGCCUCCAAUUAUGUACAAUUUUCUAUAUCUGUUACUUUCGCUCCUUUGGUACAGGUCUCAUAUUUGAUCGUGGGUUGUUCUAGUGUUAAAGAAUUCGAAGUACGAUGGACGUGAUACUGUCGAAUGUACUCAACGUUUCCCCAUCAGAACUUUAGAUACGACAAUCAAUGGACCCCGAGGAAUCAUUCGCAACGAAUUGAUCCGUUCUUCGUUGCGACCACUAGACUGGCCAUGUGCUUUCGAAAAAGAGCGGCGGGAAAGUUGCGCGAGAUUAGGAAAAAAAAAAGAGAUUUCGAGAAAUCGAAGGAAACCCAUGCUUAUACAUUCGCAAAGAAACAUCGACUGCUAUUCGACUGUAUGUAAACUUAUAAAUGUCAUUCCACUGUUGCUGCAGCAAGUUGCGUCGAAGAUGAGAAAUCGAUUUUACACGGUGCAUUCGUGAUUUACUUAGAAUAGUUGAACGUUCCGCGACGAUAAAAGAAUAUUGUUCCCCGUUUGUUUCAUCAUCGGUACAAUAAACGUUCUUACGUGUGUAAGAAUAAUAAUCGAGUCGUUGCGCCGAUAUGACUCGCGCGUCAUCGUCGAACAAGCGUCUGCGAAAAAGCACGACGCGAACGAAACGUGCUCAGAAAUUAGAUUAAAAGGCAGUUUUCUCUGAUGAAGAAAAACAAAGGAGAGGAAAAGAAGAAUGAACAUCAGCAAAGGUCUAUAAAGAUAGUCGAACGAUGGAGGAAGAACGUUUCAAACUCUUUUGUUUGUCACAUUUUAGAUAAAUUAACGAAUUUCACCAUCUUGAUAAGAUCUAGCGCUAUCUUUGCCCACGAUAAUACACCACACAUGCACACAAAUAACGCUUAGGUGAAAUUAAUCGAGAAAAAGAGACUUCUAGGAUUCGUUGAAAAAUUCCUUCGAUGGUGCUUCGUGGAUUAGUGCUUUGAUGAAAAAUUAAAUCGAGGACACAUGGUUGGACGACUACUUCGAGUAGGAAAUUAUCGUGGGCUCUAAUUACACGUAUAGUCUUUAAGAUUCUAGACUUAAGAUAACGCAUACGAGUCGCUCACGAUUCGCCUGUCUGCUCGGUGGCCGCGAUCAGCUGGAAGCUGCUAAGAAAUUAGCUCGACCGAUCGCCUAAGUUUUAGCUUCGCCAGACCAACAGCACGUUCUCUCGAUUGGCCGGAACUUGCGGUCGGAACCAUCGUUCGACUCGAUAUUCGGCUUUUAAUCGCCAAAGGGCAAUUGGAACCGCGACCGAGCAGACACCAGCAGAUUUUAAAUAAGACUCUAGUCCUGUAAAUACGUAGCUAGACGAAAGGUGAAACGAGAAAACGAUCGGCGGAACUGUUGGCCUGAGAACAUAAUCUUCAGACACGAAGUGUAAAAUGUUUGUGGUUCGCAUGGAGAUUAAGCCGUCACUUUGUAUCUUGAAUUUUGCAAAACAAGCUAUUCCACUCUGACGACUGGUCGCGACCAUUUCGUCGAAUGACGAGGUUCGUAAGCGAGGAAGGCAAUUUCGAAGACCGAAAUUUCGCUAAAUAUAAAAUGGAAGAAUUAUAAUUUGAGAAUGCUUGCAACUGCAGAGGAGCGCGUAAUAUUUAAAAUCCAAAAUCGACUAAUAUAAUUUCAUUAUUUUUGUCGGGUCCCGCUUUGUGCGAGCAUGUACGUCGUCUACUGAUUCUUCUAAUUUAACUACAUUGGUUACUACGUGCAGGUGAAUUAAGUUUAUCGACUCUGCAACCGCGGGCGAUUUUCCGAAUUUCCCUUACAGAACCGCGAACGAGCUUUUGGUCUAUGCUGUAUUUUAAUCCAUAUCUUCUCUAGUUUAUCGUAUGAAAAUUUUCAAUAGUAUACAAAAAUAAUGUCUUUUUCUUUUUCUUCCAUUCUGCGUAUCAAAGAUCCCGCCACGAGAUCUAAACGAACGAGAGUUUAUCUUUUGCACCAGAAGCGUUAUUUCAUACAAUACACGCGUCUGUUGCGAGAAAUCUAAUUCUUAAAGACAUAGUCGAUGAGAUAUAACGUACGUUCAAAUACGAAACACGAUUGAACCCAGAAGAAGUAUCGUUUAGCGUUGCUCGGAUGUUGCACAAACUCGAAGCAACACGAUGAUCGCGUGGAACGCGAUUUCCACGCCGCCCGCGGUUGGACCGUCGAACACGCUCGUAAACAGAUACAUUUUCCAUCAAAAAUACAUCUCCAUGCUGUCGUACAUAUAUCGUUGCUCAAGAACAAGAGAAAAAA